AUGGGGUUGUUCGACAUUAUGAAGUUGUGUCAAAGGUGCAUUUCAAAGAAAUUUAAUCGUGUGCAGUCACGUGAAGAGGUGGCUGCCGUAGGCACAAAUGGAAAAAGAAUCUCGAUAACAACUGCUGUCAUAGACUGCGCUUUAGAGUUGCAGAAUCACUACCAGCCUGCUGCACUAGGACACCUUUAUGUGAAAGAUGUCUGUUUGUACCAUUUCAAGCACGCAAUUCUAUGUAAAUGCUGUUCAGUUGAUGCUCUCUUCACUAUGCUUCUUUCAAUGCCAAAUGGAAUUGCUCAAAAAGGUUUGGCGACAGGUCACAUCAAAGGCAAUGAAAAUCCAUCACAACUGAAAAAUUCAGUGAUUGUAAUGCAGAGGGACCACAUGUUUAUUACUGAUGAUCAAGCAGCAAAGCAGUCACUGUUACGGCACUUACAACGUGGGCAUUUCGACGCACCUGAAGAAAUGUAUUGGUCAAAAAGCAACGGCAACCAAAGCAGCUGUACUACAAGAAAACUACCUUUGAAUGAUAGCGCCAUGAACACGCCGGAAACGUCUCGAUUAAUCCAACGCCCUGUGGAGGACACAGUGGCUUAUAAUUCGGUGAGCCAUUACCAACAGGAAGCAUACGCCUCAAUUCACAAAGCCAAGGAACAAGCGUUGUAUCAACGAAGAGAUAGCGCCGAUAAUUCCCAUUAUGGUAAAAUCGAAAACAACUAUAGUAAUUAUGGCACAUAUUCACGAUUGCCACCUCAGGUACAGCAAGCUCAGAGAGGAUCAACUAUCAGAAUUUUUAGCCUCUUUUACAGUCACGUAUACCAAUACCUGGGUUUCUUCGCUUUCAGAGAUCAGUCUCCAUACCAUCGAUCAGCAAUUAAGCUCACCUCCUUCGAUACCUCAGACAAGGGUGGAGUAUACGGCUCGGUGCCUUCGCAGUGGACUACUCAACGAGCUCCACCUGGACAGCCAGGCCAGCCAUCGUACAAUUCUAAUAAGGUUGUGAUCAAGUAG